AUGGUUGCCGCCGGGAUUCCAUUCUUAGGAUCGCUCGUCAUUAUUUCUCCGAAAAGGUCUUAUAGUAAUAGUAUAAGUAGAGAAAGAAGAUUCGCCGCCGGCAAAAAGUUGGCAAACAUUGGUGGAGGUAUAAUCAACACUAGAAUUAGGGCGAUGCCUAGUAGUUCUUCUGUGAUUCCCGGCGAACAGAAUGGCACCUACCGUAACCUCAAGUUGACUGAAUCCACCUUCUUAGCUUCCCUCAUGCCUAAGAAAGAAAUUGCUGCUGAUCGUUUCAUUGAAGCUCACCCUAACUUCGAUGGCCGUGGCGUCACCAUUGCCAUUUUUGAUUCUGGAGUGGACCCGGCCGCAGAUGGAUUACAGGUGACCUCAGAUGGAAAACCGAAAAUUCUAGAUGUUAUUGACUGCACUGGAAGUGGUGACGUUGAUACUUCCACUGUGGUGAAAGCUGAUGCUGAUGGUUGCAUCCGAGGAGCAUCUGGUGCUUCACUGGUUGUCAAUUCUUCAUGGAAAAAUCCUACAGGGGAAUGGCAUGUAGGUUAUAAGUUGGUGUAUGAACUGUUUACUGACACACUUACUACUAGAUUGAAGAAGGAAAGAAAAAAGAGAUGGGAUGAAAAACAACAGGAAGCUAUUACUGAGGCUGUGAAGCAGCUUGAUGACUUUGAAAAGAGACACUCCAAGGUUGAGGAUGCCAACUUGAAAAGGGCUUAUGAAGAUCUAAAGAACAGAGUUGGUGUCUUGCGCAAACAAGCUGAAAGCUACGAUGAUAAAGGACCUGUCAUAGAUGCCGUUGUAUGGCAUGAUGGAGAAUCAUGGAGGGCUGCUCUUGAUACACAAAGUCUUGAGGAUGAACCUGGAGUGGGAAAGCUCUCCGACUUUACUCCUUUAACCAACUAUAGGAAGGAACGAAAAUAUGGUGUUUUCAGUAAACUUGAUGCUUGCACCUUUGUCCUUAAUGUCUUCGAUGAGGGAAAUGUUUUGAGCAUUGUGACGGAUAGCUCACCACAUGGUACUCAUGUUGCUGGAAUUACAGCAGCUUUCCACUCGGAGGAACCUUUGCUAAAUGGGGUUGCACCUGGAGCGCAGCUGAUUUCGUGUAAAAUUGGAGAUUCCCGUUUGGGAUCAAUGGAAACAGGAACAGGUUUGGUACGGGCAGCUAUUGCAGCUGUGGAGCAUAAAUGUGAUCUUAUCAACAUGAGCUAUGGAGAACCAACAUUGCUACCAGACUAUGGCCGCUUUGUUGAUCUGAUGGUGAACAAGUACCGCAUUGUAUUUGUCAGUAGUGCUGGCAAUAAUGGUCCUGCUUUGAGUACUGUUGGUUCUCCAGGUGGCACAACAUCAAGCAUAAUAGGAAUCGGUGCUUAUGUCUCUCCAGCCAUGGCAGCUGGGGCCCACAGUGUGGUUGAAGCUCCUUCUGAAGGACUUGAAUACACUUGGUCUAGCCGAGGACCAACUGUUGAUGGGGACCUUGGUGUUUCAGUAAGCGCUCCUGGUGGAGCUGUUUCUCCAGUUCCAACAUGGACUCUCCAAAGGCGUAUGCUUAUGAAUGGAACAUCCAUGUCAUCUCCAUCUGCUUGUGGGGGUAUAGCUUUGCUUAUCAGUGCAAUGAAGUCUGAAGGUAUACCCGUGAGUCCUUACAGUGUGCGGAGAGCUAUAGAGAAUACAUGUACUCCUAUUGGUGAUCUCCCUGAAGACAAGUUGUCAUCCGGGCAAGGGCUCAUGCAAGUUGACAAGGCAUAUGACUACAUUCAAAAGGAUCACAGCAUGCCUUCUGUUUGGUACCAAAUAAAGAUCAAUCAAGCAAGCAAAACGAGUCCUAUAUCACGAGGCAUCUACCUAAGGGAGUCCAGCGUUUGUCAACAGUCUACAGAAUGGACAGUGCAAGUUGAGCCAAAGUUCCAUGAAGAUGCGAGCAAUUUAGAGCAGCUGGUCCCUUUCGAGGAGUCAAUAGAGAUACAUUCUACCAAUGAGGCAGUGGUUAGAGCUCCUGAGUAUAUCCUUUUGACUCACAAUGGACGCACCUUUAACAUUAUUGUGGACCCGACUAACCUCAGUGAAGGUUUACAUUAUUAUGAAGUCUAUGGAAUAGACUGUAAAGCACCAUGGCGGGGGCCACUUUUUAGAAUUCCAGUUACUAUUACGAAACCAAAGGCCGUUAUGAAUCAACCUCCACGAAUUUUAUAUCAAGGAAUGUCAUUUUGGCCAGGCCACAUUGAACGUAGAUACAUAGAGGUGCCAGCUGGUGCUACUUGGGUUGAGGCAGCAAUGCGGACAUCAGGGUUUGAUACUGCUAGAAGAUUCUUUGUUGAUGCUGUCCAGAUAUCCCCACUGCGGAGGCCCAUGAAGUGGGAGAGUGUGAUAACCUUCUCUUCUCCUUCUGUGAAAAGCUUUGCUUUUAGAGUGGAGGGUGGCCAGACGCUAGAACUAGCAAUAGCUCAAUUCUGGUCCAGUGGUAUAGGAAGUCAUGAAUCUACCAUUGUUGACUUUGAGAUUGGUUUCCAUGGGAUCAACACCAUCCAAAAUGAGGUAUUACUUGAUGGAAGUGAAGCCCCCAUCAGGAUUGAUGCUGAAGGUCUUCUAUCAGCUGAGAAACUUGUCCCUUCUGCAAAGUUAAAUAAGCUUCGAGUUCCGUAUCGUCCCAUUGAUGCUAAAGUCAGUGCCCUAUCAACAGACCGGGACAAACUACCAUCUGGCAAACAGAUUUUAGCUCUUCUGCUCACCUACAAAUUCAAACUAGAUGAUGCUUCGGAAAUAAAGCCACAGAUUCCAUUACUUAACAAUCGCAUAUAUGACAACAAGUUUGAGUCUCAAUUUUACAUGAUAUCAGAUUCAAAUAAGCGUGUAUAUGCAGUGGGUGACGUUUAUCCAAAUUCUGUUAAACUUCCAAAGGGUGAUUACAAUUUGCAGCUAUUAUUGAGGCAUGACAAUUUGGAGUACUUGGAGAAAAUGAAGGGCUUGUUAUUGUUUGUUGAAAGGAAAUUGGAGGAGAAGGAAGUUAUUCGCUUGAAUUUCUAUAGUCAACCAGAUGGUCCAGUUACCGAUAAUGGUAGCUUUAAAUCUUCAACAUUAAUUCCUGGGUUGAAAGAAUCAUUUUAUGUGGCUCCUCCAGGAAAGGAUAAGCUCCCUAAGAAUACCCCAGCAGGAUCUGUUUUGAUUGGAGAAAUUUCUUAUGGAAGGAUUUCUUCUGCUAUUUCUGAAAAUGGAAAAGCAGCAGACAAGGCCCCUACUUAUCCACUAUCAUACAUAAUACCCCCUCCUAAGCAGGACGAGGACAAGGGAAAAGGUUCCCCUGCAUCUUGCUCCAAGAGUGUAUCUGAAUGUUUGGAGGAGGAGGUCCGAGCUGCCAAAAUAAAGGUUCUUGACAGCCUGAAGCAAAGUUCAGAGGAGGAGAUUUCUGAGUGGAAAAAAUUGUCCAGCUCCCUCAAGUCAGAAUACCCAAAGUACACUCCGUUGCUAGCCAAAAUUUUGGAAGCUUUGCUUUCAUGGAGCAAUGUGGAAGAUAAGAUUCAAUACUAUAAGGAGAUAAUUGGUGCAGCAGAUGAAGUUGUCGAAAGUGUUGACAGAGAUGCACUAGCCAAAUAUUUCUGUGUUAAAAGUGAUCCCGAAGAUGAGGAUGAAAAGCUGAAGAAGGAAAUGGAGACAACCCGUGAACAACUAGCUGAAGCACUCUAUCAAAAAGGCUUGGCAUUGGUAGAAAUUGAAACAUUAAAGGGUGACGGAGAUGUGCCCCAGACUGAGGCUCAAUUAGAUCCUUUUGAAGAGAACUUCAAGGAACUUAAGAAAUGGGCGGACGUUAAAUCAUCUAAAUAUGGAAUUCUCUCGGUGAUGCGGGAGAGACGUGGCCGAAGGCUUGGAACAGCUUUGAAGGUGCUGAAUGAUAUAACCCAAAAUGAUGAUGGACCUCCGAAGAAGAAGCUUUAUGAGCUAAAGCUUUCUUUGCUCGAUGAAAUUGGGUGGGCACAUGUGCUUUCACACGAGAAAGAGUGGAUGCUUGUGCGCUUCCCACCUCGUUUGCCCCUGUUUUAG